AUGUUAUCAGCCCUUCAGGAACUGCCAAUGUUGAUUCAUCUCCUGAGACUUCAAGGACAGCAGAAGCUUGGAGUGCAAAUGCUGCUUCAGAUUUUGAAGCCACAGUUUUCAGAGGAGGGGUCUAAUGCACUCAAAAAGGAAAAAGAACUUUAUCAACUCUUUGUUAGAUAUGUUCGUGAAGUAGCAGCUUCCAGGAGGGUAUGUGGAAAGACUACCCUUAAUUUGAGUCAUAUUCUUCAAUUUGCCACUGGUUCACCAGAGGAACCCGUCCUUGGUUUUACGCUUGCUCCGUCGUUGGAGUUCAUAUUACAUACACAUACAUACAUACUUUAUUGGCUCGUCCCCACGGGGCUUUUCAGAGUCAAUUUUACAUUACAAAAUUAUAAACCAAGUACAUGACAAUAAGAAUAUAACAAUGAAAAAAGAAGACAAAGGUCAAUAAAAUUAAUUAAAUUAAUUAAAUAAAGGAGUCAUUAAGAAGCUUUUGCCUGAGUAAACACUUGAAUUCCGUCAUGGAUGGGCUGAGUUUGAGCGCAGGCUGCAACUCAUUCCAGAGAGAGGUUGCUCUAUAUUGAAAGGUCCUUUGGCCGCUGGCAGUGCGGAAGAGUGGUAUGUUCAAAAGUUGAGAAUUUCUCGUAUUCCUUGUCGAGACGGCGGAUCUUCCAACGAGCUUUGAUGUCAAAUACUCCGGAGCACAACUCGUCAUGCACUUAAAAACCAGAACAGCAAAACGAAAAUAAAGUUGUUGCCUGAUUGGUAGCCAGCGCAAGUCUUUUAGCAAAGGAGUUAUGUGAUCGAAUUUUUAGCGCCGCUCAAAAAUACGACAAGCGAAAUUCUGUACUGCUUGGAGCCUGUCCAGAUUAGUUUGAGUAGUAUUGCUCCAAACAGAAGAGCAAUAGAAUAAUUUACUAAAUACUAAGGCAUUUAUAAUAAUAAUUAGCGCGUGUUUAUUAAAAAUAUGCUUAACGCGGUUAAUUUGGCCCAAACGUGACAUGCAUGAGGAUACAGUAGAAACAAUAUGCUCAUUAUAUGUUAAGUUAGAGUCCAGUGUAACACCAAGGUCUCUUGCAGCCUUAACGGGCUCGAGUUCCUUCCCCAAUAGAAAUAGCCUAAAGUCGCUAACCUUAGCAGUCAUUUGCCGGCUGCCGAAUAUCACUAGUUUUGUUUUAUCUGGGUUGAGUAAAAGCUGAUUAUCAAAGCACCAAUUCCUAAUGCUUAACAAGUCCUUGUUCAUUUUUUCUAUCGUUUCGUGCUGAUCGUGGAGUUGAAAUGACAUGAGAAGUUUGGUAUCGUCGACGUAACACUGCGAUGUACAAUUUAUGUGUAUGUACAAUAUUACCCACAGAAUUGAAAGUUACCCACAGAAUUGAAAGUUACAAGUCAGCAAGGACUUAGUGAAGGGCAACACCCAAAUGUGGAGGGUGGCUUCCUGCCUCUAGCUCAUACCUGCACCAAUUUACUUGUUCCAAGGCCGACUGAUGCAUUGCCUUUACCCUCUACCCAGAGACUCUUUGCCCUGUAUGACUUGGCAUUCUCGCAGUGUUACUUUGGCAAAAAGUAA